UGCCUCCAAGGGAGCCCCGAGGCGGCGAAAGAGGCGCCCAAGACUGCCCACGAGCACCCUGCGUAGCCAUUUUGGUUCAAGCCGCUUGCCACGCGCGCCGGCACAGCAACAGAACAGCAGGACACCAGCAUGAUCAGCCCCCGUGCCAUGGCCCGAGACGGCGAGGGGAGCCGCGCCGAGCCCAGGAAGGGCGGGGCCGCGAGCAUCGCCUCGGCCCCCACGCGGUGCCCGUCCGCGGAGCUGCUCGCCUUCGGCGACACCGCGGACGCCGACGCGCGCGAGGGGAGCCGGGGCGGAUCCGUGCUGCCGGAGGGCGGCGACGAGACCGUGCUCCUCGAGCGCGCGCUCCGGGCAGCACCCCAGAGCCUGCCCGCACCGCAGACCACCAGGAGGGUGCCUGCUGCGCCGGCGCCGAGAGGGGCCCCCCCGAGGCGCCUGCGCUCCGAGGCGUACUGGGAGCAGCAGAGGGCCGCGGCUGCCCUGCGGCCGAGGUGCUCGCCCUGGGAGGUGGGCGCGAGGGAGCGGCGCCAGGCUGCCGAGGAGGGCCGCCGCGAGCCGGCGGCGGCCGCGGCGCCAGCGGCGCCAGCGGCGGGGGGCGCUGCAGGCGUCCCCAGGGGCUGGGCUGGCGCCGCCGCCAGGGGGCUGCGCCGUGGGGCGCUCAGGCCCGCGGCGCCGGCAGCCCCGCCGGCCAUGCCGCCGAGGUCGCCCUCGGCAGCACGCCGGGCCGCUCUGAGGUCGCAGGGCCGGUGGUACCACCCAGCCUGAAUCCGCCAGACGUGGGUCUGAGUGGAGCUGUGGCGCCGCUCCCCUCAAGAGCAGCUGUGGAGCAGCGCAUUGGAGCUGUGGCGCCAGUACUACGCUGUGGAGCAGCGCACGCACUUUACCUCAACGGUCAUGGUGGAGCUUCGGCGCCGUUUUCUCGUACGUCUCUUUAGCGGACGGAAGUAGUUGCUUCAUCUAGCACGGACCCCGUCAUGCUGCACUUUCACUCGUGUUGCACAUGCAGACAUAUUCGGCUGCGCUUGCUCAGUGGGAUGGAAUUUCUCGUCCCACCUCGUCGCGUCAUAGUGAUGCUCUGUUUCAGCCUUUUUGUUCGGGGGCUGCGCGCGCUUAUUUUCGUUGCGAUUGUCUGGCGUCGUCGAGUUUCUCAAUCGCGGUUGGACGGCGCGGGCACAUGCUGUAGUGCACAGUGCAUCUCCAGCAGCUGAUAGUCGAGAGGCUGCACAGAACUCGGUUUCCACUCUUCACUCUGGGCCGAGCCCAGCCACAGCUCAGACAGGCUGCUUCUGUUUCUCCUCGAGCUGACAGACGGCGUCCGUCGGUGUGCACAAGCUCGGGGCGAUUCAGAGUAGCUUGCGACGUGCGGACUCGUCUUCGCAUCCAGGCAGGUUGUGCGGUGAUGGUGACGAAGAAGAUUUAGAGAGCCCUGAACUGGCCGAGAGCGCCCAGAAAUCGAGGGCCUUGGAUUUCCCUCAUGCUCGACUACCAGGGCCGCCGAUAACAUGUGGACCGCCCAUUACGUGCAAGAGGCACGGUGGCGCGCAGCAUGUAAAUUAAUAGAGCAUACGACGUUGGAGACGUCGUGUCGGCACUUCGCUUGGACUUACGGUCUGGUUCGCGUGGGCGUAGCAUUUCCCAUCUGCGGUUUGGAUUGAGACCUUUGGACUAUCAGGUCACGUCAGACACCCACACGCAUCCGCAUACGUACUUUGCCCGUGUUGCCGAAUCUGACUGCGGUCCGGGGUGCUGGUGGAGUCCAGCCUUACGGUCGUCGCUCAGACAGGGGGUGUGGUGGUGUUGGCGUGGAAGACGAGGAUGACGAUGGAGCAGAGGCGUGGUAGGGCUAUUCUCUGACCCAUUCGCUCUCGUAGCCGCUUGGGCCAGCCUGUCGGCGCUGUUGCCCGCGCCCUGCUCAUUCGCCCUCCCCCCCCCUCCCCCCCGUAUGCUCCCCUCUCCCUGUUGCAUCCCCUCAGUUCCCCCCUCCCUCUCCCGUCCUUCCCUUUCUUUUGUGCGACUCUGUGGGCCCCAGGUUCGGGUAGCUUGGAACGUCGGCGGUGAACCAGAAUUCGGGGCAGCCUUGGUGUCAGCUUCCAAGGCGUGGUGGAUCCUCCCUUUGAGGAUGGUCUUUGAGCCUCCCGCACUAGCUUGAGGUCGUGCAGCGGCCUUGCACCAUUCGAAGUUUGGAGCAUGACCCUGCACCUGCAAGACAGCCCUGCAGGUCGCCCUGCAGUCCAAUCCCAGCCUCUCGGCCUUUGGAGCAUGACCCUGCAAGACAGGCCUGCGAAUCUACCAUUUAUGCGCUUCAAAUGCUUACGUUGCAUGCAUUCUUCUGGCAAGAUGGGUGCGGACGGCGUCCCGCUGUGGCCUGGGCGCGAUCGCAUCUCAACGCCUCUUAAAUGUUUGGAUCUGUCUUGCAGGGGGGCUGGAUCGUCCUGUCGGCACGCCCUGUCGGCAGAAUCGCCCCUCGAAGGUACAGUUUUUGUUCACAUAUAGCCUGAGACACUGCAAGAGUACCCCUCGGCGACAAGAGCAACAACAAAAAAAGGACCGCCCACGAGCACGC